AUGAUUUGUAUAAAGAAAAACCUUGUUUUUCAUGACUAAUUUAAAGUGUAGCUACUUUCUGAUAGUGUAAAAUUAUCAAAUGUAAUACAAUUAUUUAUAAGCUUAGACUAAGAAGAUGGUUUAAUACACUAUUCCAUUAUUUGAGAAUUCUUGUAUUGAUUGGAAAUUAUCAAAAUGUUAAUCUAAAUUUAAGGGUUUUGGUAUUUAGUUGAAUGGGAAAUGGGAAUAUUUUGAGAUGGAAUAAAACCAUUUAGAACUACUAAAAUAAUUUCUAGAUGCCAAAAUAUCUUAUUUGAACAUUCAUAAAAUAUAUAAGAUGGUAUAAUUCUGUGGAAGAGGUUCAUAUGGACAUGUAAAUAUUGUUGAUAAAUUUUUAGGUGUUUAAAUAUUAAAAUCGUAUAAAUGGUGAAUAAGUAGCAUGCAAAUCACUAAAGAUAGGCCAUACAAAUACAUAAGAAGUAAUCUUUAUACAAAUUUGUUUAGGAAUUUUUGAAGGAAGUUAAGAUAUUGCAAAUAUUAAAACAUCCGAAUAUAGUAAAGAUGAAAGAAUUUUAUAUGGAAAAUAAACAUUUUUAUAUAAUAAUGGAAUAUUUAGAAGGAAAGUCUUUGAGAGAAUUAUUAAGAUAAAAAAUUCUUAAUGACCAAGAAAUUAUUGUAAUUUUAAAAGUAAAUAUCUCUCUAUAAUUUUUAGUAAAUAUUGCAUAGUAUUAAUUAUAUCCAUAGAGAAGGGUAUGUUUAUAGAGAUUUAAAAUAAGAAAACAUUUUAUUUGCUGAAUCUGGAAACUUAAAAACUNAAAAUAUUAAUUUUUAAAUAGAUCUUUCAUGUUUAAUAAUGCAAUUUAAACUUCUAAAUAUUUUUUUUUAUUUAUUUUUAUCUUCGAUCCAAAUUUAUACUUUCCUGUUUUCAUGUUACUUAGAUGUUUAGAAACAAUAAAUAAAAAAAUAAUCAAUUAUUUAUUUUUUUAUUUUCUUUAUCAAUAUUAACAUUGGUCAAUUAAUUUUUUUUUAUUUAAUAGUAAGAAUAAAGUUGGGGUAGGUGAUUAAUUAAAUCACUAAUAAUAAAUUUUAAUAAAUUCAAAGUUAAAGAAUAACAAUAGUUAGUUAUUAUUUUUAUGGUUGGAAAUUUCAUAUUUAGAUUUUAAGCUAAACAUUCUAAAACUAUUAAUUAUUUCAAAAACUAUUAUUUAUGAUUUGUAUAAAGAAAAACCUUGUUUUUCAUGACUAAUUUAAAGUGUAGCUACUUUCUGAUAGUGUAAAAUUAUCAAAUGUAAUACAAUUAUUUAUAAGCUUAGACUAAGAAGAUGGUUUAAUACACUAUUCCAUUAUUUGAGAAUUCUUGUAUUGAUUGGAAAUUAUCAAAAUGUUAAUCUAAAUUUAAGGGUUUUGGUAUUUAGUUGAAUGGGAAAUGGGAAUAUUUUGAGAUGGAAUAAAACCAUUUAGAACUACUAAAAUAAUUUCUAGAUGCCAAAAUAUCUUAUUUGAACAUUCAUAAAAUAUAUAAGAUGGUAUAAUUCUGUGGAAGAGGUUCAUAUGGACAUGUAAAUAUUGUUGAUAAAUUUUUAGGUGUUUAAAUAUUAAAAUCGUAUAAAUGGUGAAUAAGUAGCAUGCAAAUCACUAAAGAUAGGCCAUACAAAUACAUAAGAAGUAAUCUUUAUACAAAUUUGUUUAGGAAUUUUUGAAGGAAGUUAAGAUAUUGCAAAUAUUAAAACAUCCGAAUAUAGUAAAGAUGAAAGAAUUUUAUAUGGAAAAUAAACAUUUUUAUAUAAUAAUGGAAUAUUUAGAAGGAAAGUCUUUGAGAGAAUUAUUAAGAUAAAAAAUUCUUAAUGACCAAGAAAUUAUUGUAAUUUUAAAAGUAAAUAUCUCUCUAUAAUUUUUAGUAAAUAUUGCAUAGUAUUAAUUAUAUCCAUAGAGAAGGGUAUGUUUAUAGAGAUUUAAAAUAAGAAAACAUUUUAUUUGCUGAAUCUGGAAACUUAAAAACUUUGAAAUUGAUUGAUUUUGGAAUGGUAAUUCCUUUAAGAGAACUUUAAAAAUAAAGAGAAAUUAUUUGUGGAACGCCAGGUUACAUGGCUCCUGAAGUAUUUAAGUUGGAAACAGAUGUAGAUAAUAAAAUGGAUAUGUUUGGAAUUGGAGUUUUAUUGUGGGAAAUGUAAAAUAAAAUUAAAUAAUUAAAAGGAUUCAUAAUAGAAGAUUUAUAGAAGGAAGAGAUUUAGAGGAGAGAUAUAGACUAAAUAAAGAUUAUAUAUUUUCAAAAGAGUUUACUUAGAAUAUAGCUAACCCAAUUUUUAAAUAUUUGUUGGAAAAAAUGAUGCAUGAGAAUCCUGAGUUAAGAAUAAAUGCAUCAGAUGCUAUAAAUUAUUUAGAUUGGGCUGGGAUAAGUAAUUGUGAGUUUAAGAUUGACUAUGAAAACAUUAGUACAGAAUGA